GUGGCGGCAACCGACGUACACAAGGGGCUUGAGUGUGUUGUGGAGCGAGCGAGAGGUCAGGCCAUGAACUUGGGAGAUGGUUUAAAGCUAGAAACUGAAUUAUUAGAUGGAAAAACCAAGCUAAUACUAUCUCCAUAUGAAUGUAAAUCAAAAAUUUCUGUGAAGAUGGGAAAGAAGACCAAGACUGGAAAAUGUCCUUUUAGAACAAAGCAAGCUGGAUACAUUCUAAAAUCAACACAGAAUACUUGUAUCAAGAAUGAGAAGGAGAAGCAAAAGAAGAUUGGUUUAGAAACUUCACUGGUAAAGGGUGAAAAAAAUAGUAUGGCUUUUUCACUCACUAAGGAUUUAUGCAAGGAGUAUGCUGAUAAAGACUGUCCUCAUAUCCAGAAAGAGAUUUCUCUUGCAACCUCUAAUAUACAGAAGACUAGAAACACCAUAAAUACGUCUGUAGUAGCUAAACAGAAACUUUACAAAAAACACAUCACAGGUGAAAAUAUGAAGAGUAGUUUGGUGUGUCUAACACAAGACCAACUACAACAGAUUUUGAUGACUAUAAACCAAGGAAAUAGAUCUGUUUUGCUGACUGAGAAUGGAAAGGAGGAGGAAACAAGUCAGUACAGUCUACAUUUAAACAGUAUUCCUAAUCAGCCAAAGGAUGAGAACAUUAUGGGACUACUACAAAAAACUGAGGCUAUUUCACAUGUCCAGGAUGAAAAUAAAAAUCAGGAAACAUCUAAGCAACCUGAGCAGAAAAUUCUCAUAGAGAAUGUAUGGAAACCAGCUGACAUAUUUAGUACACUGGGGGAAAGAGAACGUGAUAGAAGUUUGCUGGAAGCAAAGAAAGCCCAGUGGAGGAAAGAGCUUGAUGAACAGGUUGCUUUAAAGAAGAAAGAAAAAGAACCUCCUGAAAAAUGGAGUAAUCCUUGGAAAAAAUCUGAAAGUGAUAAAAUAGUAUGGGAAAAACUUCAAAUUCUUGACCAGUCUAAGGGUGAGGAGCAUGACAGAUGGGCAAUACAUUUUGAUUCAUUAAAGAGUUAUCCUGGUUCUCAGUCUCAACUGUCCUCUCGGUCAUCACACAAACAACCAGAGUACUUCUGUGUCUCUCCGGACACUCAGGAGCUAGCUGAUAUCAGCAGUGUUUAUACACCUACAGCUGGAAGCCAGAUUGAACCUUCAGAAGAGGAACAUAUAGCAAAACCUGUUACAGGUGUGGUGAUGGCAAACAGUCAAAAAACAAACUUCCUUCGUUCGAUGACUGCCCUCUUGGACCCCGCUCAGAUUGAGGAACGAGAUAGGCGGCGACAAAAGCAGUUAGAACAUCAGAAAGCCAUCACUGCUCAGGUAGAAGAGAGGCGUAGGAAGAGGCAGUUGCAAGAAGAACAGAGAAAGAAGGAAGAACAGGAAGAGGAGCUUCGUUUAGCCCGGGAACGAGAAGAGAUGCAGAAGCAGUAUGAAGAAGACAUACUUAAGCAGAAACAAAAGGAAGAAAUUAUAACUCUCAAGACAAAUGAACUAUUCCAGACGAUGCAGAGAGCACAGGAGCUGGCACAGAGACUGAAACAAGAACAAAGAAUUCGAGAAUUGGCUCAAAAGGGACAUGACACUUCUAGAUUGAUUAAAAAUCUUGGUGUUAAUUCAGUACAAGUGGAAUUUAAUGAAUCUACUAACAACAUUUCAAAUUCAAGACAUAGCUUGGAUGAAGUCAGUGAUAAAAUGAAUACAUCUAUUAGUUUUAUGAACUCUUCUAAGAAGGAUACUGGUGUGCAAACAGAUGACUUAAAUAUUGAAAUAUUCACAAGUGCAGAAUCAUAUUGUGGAUCAGUAAUAGAGAGGGAAAUUAUAAAUUGUUCAUCUCCCAAGAUACCUGCAGAAUUUAAUGAACAGUUUAACACCAAGAAAAACAAACAAGAACUAAGAAGUCAGGAUAAAGGACUGAACUUAGAAAAAGAAAACAGUUGGUAUAAUGACCAUUGCAAUCAGUUCACAAGUGCAGGGAAACAAACAAAACAUAGGAAGAAAUGUCCUAAAAGGCCUGAUUGGAAUAUAAAUAAGCCACUCAAAGGGUAUAUUCCAGCAUCAGAAAAGUACCCUAAACAGCUUCAAAAGCAGAGAGAAGAAAAAAAGGUAAGGCGGCAAAUGGAACUGCUUCACUUGGUAGAAAGAAAUAAUCCUGGAAACCUCUCUCAAAAUACAGGCACUUCACCAGUUCAUUCAUCUCAUCAGGAAACUGAGUCAAAGUUCAGGUGGCAUCUAGUCAAAAAGGAAGAAGAACGCCUGAAAAUUAAUUCUUUCAGCAAAGAAAGGUCUCAAUCACCACCAGUUUCUAUGAUGAAAAACAGAACACAACAAACUCAGACGUUAACAAAUAAUUAUGAAAUAGAGAAUCUGAUCCCAGGAGGCAAUCAAACAGAAGUAUCACCUAGCAUUUCUGAACCAUCUCAUUUUAUUCCCUAUGUUCGAACCAAUGAGAUCUAUUACCUUGAUCCAGAUGCACCAUUGUCUAGGCCUCUCACCCAGAAUCCUCAGUACCCAAAUGCACAAAACUGUGACCAAGAACAAAGGCAGCUAUUUGACUCUGAUUAUGUCAGGGAUCCACUUCUUAAUCCUAACCUGGUGAAAAACAGGGAUCGACAGCAAGCAAUCCUGAAGGGACUGUCAGAACUGAGACAGGGAAGUUACUGCACCAAGAACCUACCUUCCCAUUCUUCUCAAAUAGUUUAAAAAUACACUGAAGUUUGUAUUUAAAAAGAGAGACCUAUUUAAUCAAACGCUUCAAAAACAAGAAAAAUCUACAUGGAAAUGAAGUGUGAUGGAAAAAUAGCAGUGUGCAUGGAUCACAUCUAAUGGAUAUUUCUAAACAAGGGAAGACGCUGACAUCCAGCAAAUUUCAAGUAGCCACAUAUAGCUGAAGAACUUCCACAGGGAGAAGCACUUGUGAUCCUCUGAACAAUGGCCUUGGAGAAAGCUCCAGAAUCCAUGGCCACGGGCUAUUUCCACAGUGAGACUUCUCAGAAGCAUCAUUAGGAGGACACAUCAGCUUUUCUGC